AUGCCUAUUUUUCGAUUUGUUGCUAUUUUGGCACUCUCGCUGGCUCCGGCAACAUCUGCUUUAUCGCCGUCGUCAUCACCUCUUGUGUCCAAAGCUGGUCAGAGUGAAAUUAUUCCUGGAUGGUAUUUACAGUCAGAACGCCAUGUCCAACGCGACGUCUCCAAGCUCUCAUUACCAGGGACCGAUGUCUCCUCGUGGUAUCGAGUCAGUUCGCGGGCCACCGUGAUGGCUGGUCUUAUUGAGAAUAAGGUCUACGAAGAGUCGCAUCUCUUUUUCUCGGAGAACUUCAAAUCUCUCCCCGACGCAGACUUUCGUGAUGUUUCCUGGUUGUAUAGAGAGCAGUUUAACUUGCGGCCCGGCCGCGGACAGUAUUUCACCCUGCACACGCACGGCAUUACUUCCAAAGGAGAUAUCUACCUAAAUGGCCACAGAGUGGCGUCAAAGGAUGUCCAGGCUGGGUCUUAUGGCGGCCACCAGUACGAUGUCACUGCGUAUGUUCGCCAGGGCGACAACUGUCUACUGAUCAAAGCUUACCCUACUAACUAUCUCCGCGACCUGGCUAUGGGUUUCGUUGACUGGAACCCAUACCCACCGGACAAUGGCACUGGGGUUUGGCGUAAUGUCGAAUUCUCGCAGAGUGGCCCAAUCCAGCUGUCUGACCCUCGUGUGGUCACCGAUUUUACCCAUGGAGUCAAGGUAAAUAGCGUGAAAAUAACAGUCAAAACUGAUGUUCAUAAUGCUGGCAAGGAAACGAUCAAAGGCAGCAUCAGAGGAGUCAUCGAGGGAGGCCGGGGCCAAAAGCACCCAGUUUCUGCUGCUUUUUCUCUUCGGCCUGGCGAAUGGCAGACUAUAGAAAUGACAACCAACAUUAGAAAUCCAAAGAUAUGGUGGCCGGCUGCAUGGGGCGAUCAGCCUCUAUACACCGCUCAAAUAUCCGCCUUCAUAGGUGAGAAGGUCUCUGAUGGGCCAAAGAAACGCAAGUUCGGCAUCAGACAUGUUGAAUCCAGAGUUAACUCACAGGAUACUGUGGAAUUCAAGGUCAAUGGGAAACCAUUCUUCGUCAUGGGCGCAGGGUAUUCAUCCGAUAUCUUCCUGCGGUUUACAACCGAAAGGAUCACCACGAUAUUCCAAUACAUACUGGACAUGGGCAUGAAUACCGUUCGCUUAGAAGGGAAACAAGAACACCAGGAGCUCUAUGACAUCGCUGACAGUAUGGGACUUAUGGUUAUGAGUGGGUGGGAAUGCUGUGAUCAUUGGGAAGGCUGGUCAUAUAACACCGAAGGGUUCGGACAACUCUGGACUGAUGCGGAUUACCCGAUUGCCAACUCCAGCAUGCUUCAUGAAGCUGAACUGAUGCAAUCUCACCCUAGCAUGCUGGCGUUUCUGGUCGGAUCCGACUAUUGGCCAAAUGAUCAAGCUACCGAGAUUUAUAUUGACGCUCUUAAGCGUAUGGACUGGAACGCUGCAAUUAUUUCGUCAGCUGCAAAACGAGGGUUCCCCAAACUCCUUGGUCCCUCUGGCAUGAAGAUGGACGGUCCAUAUGACUGGGUGGCGCCAUCGUAUUGGUACGGCGAUAAACUUGGGGCUGCUGGGGCUGGCGGGUUCGGUUCAGAGCUUGGGGCUGGCGUAGGCACCCCAGAGAUCCGUAGCUUGAAGAAGUUCCUAUCCAAAGAAGAUAUGAAUGAUCUAUGGACGAAGCCGGACAAGCUGCUUUAUCAUAUGUCUGCCGGCGUGUCCCAAUUCCGUGACCGCUCGAUAUACAACAAGGCACUGUAUAAUCGAUAUGGCAAGCCUGAGAGCUUGGAGGACUACUCCUUGAAAGCCCAGGUUAUGGACUACGAGGCGACCCGUAGUGAGUAUGAGGCGUAUGCUGCCUAUAAGAGUAACGUGAAGUCAACAACUGGCCUGAUCUAUUGGAUGUUGAACCCGGCCUGGCCCAAUUUACACUGGGCUUUGUUUGACUACUAUUUAAAGCCCAUGGCUAGCUACUUUGGAACCAAAACUGGAACACGCGUAGAACAUGCUGUGUUCGAUUACCAGCAGCAGGCAGUUUACCUGAUUAACCACUCUCUUCUCAAGAGCGGCCCUCGCAGUGUUACAGUAGACCUCAUCGAUAGGGAUGGCAAGCCCAUGAGCCACAGCGUCGUCAAGACAAACACAAUACCACUCAAGUCCAAGAAGCUUUCCAAAGUCCACGGCCUAGAUAGGAACAAAGAUGUCGCUUUCCUCCGUCUGCUUCUCAAAGACGCGACUGACAAAGUGCUGAGUCGUAACGUUUACUGGCUUCCCCAAAUGGAGGACGUGCUUGACUGGGAUAACUCUACCUGGUAUCAUACACCCGUUACAAAGUACGCCGAUAUGAAGUCAUUAAACAAGCUACACAAGGCAGAUGUCUAUGUCAACAUUGGUAGAGGACGGGAGGUGUCCCCUGGCAGAGUGAAAGCUCACGUCACUCUGCGGAAUAAAUCUAGUCAUCCGGCUUUCUUUAUGCGGCUGAGUCUUCUAGAUAAGGCGAAGGAGGAUGAAGUUACGCCUGUGUUCUGGGAAGACAACUAUGUCACUUUAUGGCCGAACGAGGAACUGGAGCUAUACGUUAUCUAUGCAAGAACGGGCAGGAUUGAGCUAGAGGUAUCGGGAUACAACGUUGAAAAGAUAAUUGUCCGGCCGUGA